UCUUAUCUUAUUUCUUAAAGGACACUUCACUUCAAUUUGAAGAUUAAUUCAGAGUUGAGAGUCAACGUGAAAGUACAGACAUUUGGAAACAGCCAGCUGUGUGGGCUCUGCUAUGAAUCAGUUUGAGCAGACAGAGGAAGGACUCCCUCUCUCUAAAACCACUCUCUGUGGGGAACUUGACAUCAAGACCAGAACUCAGAGCCCUGAGCUGCAGCAGAGACCAGACUGUCCUGUGUCCAGUGCUGUGUUGAUCCAGAGCGACUGGCCUAAGGGUCGACCUGUUGACUUCAAACAGGGACAAAAGUCUCCUGAUCCAGAGAUCCAUCAGCAGAGACCAGAUAACUCUGGAGGCAGCUGUGUGUCGAUGCAGAGUGACUGGUCUAAGGGCCGACCUGUUGACUUCAAAUGUGUACAAAAGUUUGAUGAUGGCAGGAGAAUCAAACAGCAGGGACCAGGCUGUCCUGUGUCCAGCGGUGUGUCGAUCCAGAGUGACUGGUCUAAGGGUCGACCUGUUGACUUCAAACAUGGACAGAAGUCUUCUGACCCAGAGAUCCAUCAGCAGAGACCAGAUAACUCUGGAGGCAGCUGUGUGUCGAUGCAGAGUGACUGGUCUAAGGAUCGACCUGUUGACUUCAAAUGUGUACAAAAGUUUGAUGAUGGCAGGAGAAUCAAACAGCAGGGACCAGGCUGUCCUGUGUCCAGCGGUGUGUCGAUCCAGAGUGACUGGUCUAAGGGUCGACCUGUUGACUUCAAACAUGGACAGAAGUCUUCUGACCCAGAGAUCCAUCAGCAGAGACCAGAUAACUCUGGAGGCAGCUGUGUGUCGAUGCAGAGUGACUGGUCUAAGGGCCGACCUGUUGACUUCAAAUGUGUACAAAGGUUUGAUGAUGGCAGGAGAAUCAAACAGCAGGGACCAGGCUGUCCUGUGUCCAGCGGUGUGUCGAUCCAGAGUGACUGGUCUAAGGGUCGACCUGUUGACUUCAAACAUGGACAGAAGUCUUCUGACCCAGAGAUCCAUCAGCAGAGACCAGAUAACUCUGGAGGCAGCUGUGUGUCGAUGCAGAGUGACUGGUCUAAGGGCCGACCUGUUGACUUCGAACAUGGGCAGAAGUAUGAUGAUCAAGGACAGGUUUCUAGCAAUCUUUCUGCCCGGCAACAUCAAGCACACCUGGACAUAUUCAUACUGCUUGAGGAGAACAUUGUCAGUUUCGUGAAAAACGAGCUGAAGAAGUUCCAGAGAGUUCUGAGUCCCAACUACCCAGAAUGCUCUGAGAGUCAAAGUGAUGACACAGAGGUAGAGGAUGGCGAGGAGGAAGAGAGGAUAACCAGCAGAGAAGCAUUUCUGAAGAUCACAUUGCACUUCCUGAGGAGAAUGAAAAAGACAGAGCUGGCUGAUGCUCUGCAGAGCAGAAUUGGUACUGCAUUUCUCUUACGUCAUCAUAAACUAAAAUCUAACCUGAAGAAGAAGUUCCAGUGUGUGUUUGAGGGGAUUGCUAAAGCAGGAAACCCGACCCUCCUGAAUCAGAUCUACACAGAGCUCUACAUUACAGAGGGAGAGUCUGCAGAGGUCAAUGAAGAACAUGAGGUCAGACAGAUUGAAACUGCAUCCAGGAAAAUCAGAAGACCAGAAACAACAAUCAGACAAGAAGACAUCUUUAAAGCCUCACCUGGAAGAGACGGGUCAAUCAGAACAGUGAUGACAAAGGGAGUGGCUGGCAUUGGGAAAACAAUCUUAACACAGAAGUUCACUCUGGACUGGGCUGAACACAAAUCCAACCAGGACAUCCACUUCAUAUUUCCAUUCACUUUCAGAGAGCUGAAUGUGCUGAAGGAGAAGAAGUUCAGCUUGGUGGAACUUGUUCAUGACUUCUUCACUGAAACCAAAGAAGCAGGAAUCUGCAGAUUUGAGAAGUUCCAGGUUGCGUUCAUCUUUGACGGUCUGGAUGAGUGUCGACUUCCUCUGGACUUCCACAAGAAUGAGAUCCUGACUGAUGCUACAGAGUCCACCUCAGUGGAUGUGCUGCUGACAAACCUCAUCAGGGGGAAUCUGCUUCCCUCUGCUCGCCUCUGGAUAACCACACGACCUGCAGCAGCCAAUCAGAUCCCUUCUGUGUGUGUUGACAUGGUGACAGAGGUCAGAGGGUUCACGGAUGAACAGAGAGAGGAGUACUUCAGGAAGAGAUCCAGGGAUGAUGAGAAGCAGGCCAGCAGAAUCAUCUCCCACAUCAAGACAUCACGAAGCCUCCACAUCAUGUGCCACAUCCCAGUCUUCUGCUGGAUCACUGCUACAGUUCUGGAGGAUGUGUUGAAGACCAGAGAGGGAGGAGAGCUGCCCAAGACCCUGACUGAGAUGUACAUCCACUUCCUGGUGGUUCAGUCCAAAAUGAACAUUAAGUACGAUGGAAGAGAUGGGACACAUCCACACUGGAAUCCAGACAGCAGGAAGAUGAUUGAGUCUCUGGGAAAACUGGCUUUUGAGCAGCUGCACAAAGGCAACCUGAUCUUCUAUGAAUCAGACCUAAAAGAGUGUGGCAUCGAUAUCAGAGCAGCCUCAGUGUACUCAGGAGUGUUCACCCAGAUCUUUAAAGAGGAGAGAGGACUGUACCAGGACAAGGUGUUCUGCUUCAUCCAUCUGAGCGUUCAGGAGUUUCUGGCUGCUUUUCAUGUCCAUCAGGCAUUCAUCAUCUCUGGUGUCAACCUGCUGGCAGAAAAACAAACAACAUCCUUGUGGUCUGAACUGUUUGGAGACAAAUCAACACGCUUCUACAAGAGUGCUGUGGACGAGGCCUUACAGAGUCCAAAUGGACACCUGGACUUGUUUCUCCACUUCCUCCUGGGUCUUUCACUACAGAUCAAUCACAAUCUCCUACAGGGGCUGCUGAAAACAACAGAAGGUAGCUCAGAAACUAAUCGCAAAACAGUCAAGUACAUCAAGAAGAAGUUUAGUGAGAAUCUGUCCCCGGAGAGAAGCAUCAAUCUGUUCCACUGUCUGAAUGAACUGAAUGAUCGUUCUCUGGUGGAGGAGAUCCAACAGUCCCUGAGAUCAGGAAGUCUCUCCACAGAUAAACUGUCUCCUGCUCAGUGGUCAGCUCUGAACUUCAUCUUACUGUCAUCAGGAAAAGAUCUGGAUGUGUUUGAUCUGAAGAAAUACUCUGCUUCAGAAGAGGCUUUUCUGAGGCUGCUGCCAGUGGUCAAAGCCUCCAAUAAAGCUCUGCUGAGCAGUAGCAAUAUAUCUGAGAGAAGCUGUGAAGCUUUGUCCUCAGUUCUGAGCUCUCAGUCUUCUUCUUUGAGAGAGCUGGACCUGAGUAACAACAACCUGCAGGAUUCAGGAGUCAAACUGCUGUCAGCUGGACUGAAGAGUCCACACUGUGCACUGGAAACUCUCAGGCUGAGCGGUAGCAAUAUAUCUGAGAGAAGCUGUGAAGCUUUGUCCUCAGUUCUGAGCUCUCAGUCUUCUUCUUUGAGAGAGCUGGACCUGAGUAACAACAACCUGCAGGAUUCAGGAGUCAAACUGCUGUCAGCUGGACUGAAGAGUCCACACUGUGCACUGGAAACUCUCAGGCUGAGCGGUAGCAAUAUAUCUGAGAGAAGCUGUGAAGCUUUGUCCUCAGUUCUGAGCUCUCAGUCUUCUUCUUUGAGAGAGCUGGACCUGAGUAACAACAACCUGCAGGAUUCAGGAGUCAAACUGCUGUCAGCUGGACUGAAGAGUCCACACUGUGCACUGGAAACUCUCAGGCUGAGCGGUAGCAAUAUAUCUGAGAGAAGCUGUGAAGCUUUGUCCUCAGUUCUGAGCUCUCAGUCUUCUUUGAGAGAGCUGGACCUGAGUAACAACAACCUGCAGGAUUCAGGAGUCAAACUGCUGUCAGCUGGGCUGAAGAGUCCACACUGUGCACUGGAAACUCUCAGGCUUGGUGUGUGUAAACUGUCAUGGGGAAGCUGUGAAGCUCUGUCCUCAGUUCUCAUUGCCUGUAACCUAAGACAGCUGGCCCUGAAUAACAAUGACUUGCAGGAUUCAGGAGUAAAAUCGCUUUCUAAAGGACUGCAGAGUCAAAAAUGUAAACUGGAAACUCUCAGUCUGUCAGGUUGUCUGAUCACAGAGGAAGGCUGCACUGCUCUGGCCUCAGCUCUUAGAUCCAACCCCUCCCAUCUGAGAGAGUUGGACCUGAGCUACAAUUAUCCAGGAGACUCAGGAGUGGCAAUGCUGUCUGCUGGGCUGGAGGAUCCACAAUUGAGACUGGACAUUCUCAGAGUGGAUCCUGGUGGACAGCAAUGGUUAAAACCUGGUCUGAGAAAGUAUGCCUGUGAACUUACACUGGAUAAAAACACAGCUCACAGAAAGCUCAAACUGUCAGAAAACAACAGGAAGGUGUCAGUGGUUGGAGAGAAAGAAGAGCCUUACCGUGAUAAUACAGACAGAUUUGAUCUGUGCUGGCAGCUGUUGUGUAGAAGUAGUUUGACAAGUCGCUGUUACUGGGAGGUUGAGUUGAAAGGAAAGGCUGAUAUAGCAGUGACUUACAAGGGAAUCAGAAGAAAGGGAGAUAGUGCUGACUGUAGGUUUGGAAGGAAUAAUCAGUCCUGGAGUCUGGAGUGCUCUGAAUCUGGUUACUCUGUCUGGCACAAUAACACAAAAAUGCACCUUACUCCAUCCUCCUCUUCCUCUGAAAGAGUUGCAGUGUAUGUGGAUUGUGCUACUGGCACUCUGUCCUUCUACAGAGUCUCCUCUGACACACUGAUCCACCUCCACACCUUCAACACCACCUUCACUGAGCCUCUUCAUCCUGGCUUUGGGUUUGGUUUUGGGUUUGGGGUAGAGUCCUUGAUGUUGUCACUGGACUCAUCAGUGUCUUUAUGUUCACUGUAAGAAUCUCUGUAUGUGUGUGUGUGUGUGUGUGUGUGUGUGUGU